CUUCGAAAGGUAAGCUACAUAAAAUAAUUGGCAACUUGAACUCGCUCGGCCGUCAGUCUGAGUUUUGAAUAUGCCGUCGUUUGAAAAUAACUAUCCAGGAGCUGCUAGUCUAAUUCAGGAUAUUGGAAGUUCGUUGUGAUUGUUGGUGGUCCAACGAUCUUUUGUAGAAAAAAUGGCGAUUAUUUUACGAGGAGGUCGUAUGUUUAUUGGAUUCCUUCGAAUAAUCGAUCAGUUCGGCAAUGUUGUUCUCCAUAAUGCCGUGGAACGUAUUCAUGUGGAGAAAAAAUUCUGCGAUAUUCCCCAGGGAAUACUUUUGAUUAGAGGUGAAAAUAUUACUAUUAUUGGGGAACUGAACCCGGAAAUAAACAUCGAUGAGGAGCUGGAAAGAGUUACAGAAGAAGAAAUUUAUAAGCUUCAACAAGAACAAACAUCUGCACGCAAAGAACUGGCCAAAAAGCGAGCCGAGCUAUUUGCUAUGCGUGGACUAGGUCUUCCCGACUUUUUAGAUGUAAUGUUUGAAGAUACAUAGCUGUCGCACAUUCCUUCUAUCCUAUUCACCAAGUUGGGUGGUUUAUGUCACUAACUGGUGAUAAAACACUGCUCUAAACAACCAUAAUUAUGCGUAUGAAUAAUCCCUAUGUUUAUACAUAAACUUAUGACGUUAAGAUCUUUUAAAUUAUAUAUUAGUAUGAUAGCUUUUGUGACAAAACGAAUUCAAGUGAUAGUACUCGUAACCUGCUAAUUAUAUCUUUGGGAUUAGUACCAAUACAUUACUUACAAAUGAAACGAUCAAAUCAAAUGCUCAUUUAAAUUGAAUAAACUAGUUUUGUACGGA